GCGCAGUGGCGCGCAGUCUUUCGGAAGUGACGAAAGGUUGCGUGCUUUCCUCCCCCCCCGCCGAUACCGGAAGUUCCUCGCGCCUGAGUAUCCUGAGAAGAAGCUGCGUAGUUCAAGUUUGGCUUUUUUAAAAGUUCGAAAAUGGAGUCUAAAAAGGAGCUCAUUAGUGACCAGCGGUUUUCCCACAUUACAAAAGACCCAAGAUUUUGGGAAAUGCCAGAAAAAGAUCGCAAAAUCAAAAUUGAUAAAAGAUUUCAGGCCAUGUUUCAUGAUAAAAAAUUCAAGUUGAAGUACACAGUGGAUAAGCGAGGGCGGCCUGUUCAACACAGCUCUACAGAGGACCUGAGACGCUUUUAUGACCUUUCAGAUUCAGAUCUUUCAGAGUCUGACCAAAAAUUAACUAAGAAGAAAUCGCAGGGAGAGAAGGCCAAGACUAAAGAAAGGAGAGUAUCUGAGAAGUCUCCUGUUGAUAGUAACUCUGGGAAAGAAAGCAAAGGGACAGAUAAAAGUUCCUCAUUGUCAAAACUGGGUAUUUUAAAAAAUGAAGGCCAGAAAAGCAAGUCGUUAAAGUCCAAAAAGACUGUAAAAGGCACACAAGUGAUUGAAUUGCAACAAGUAAAGGAACUUACAUCAAAGAAGCAGAACAAGCAAGGCAGAAAGUUUCCUGAGAAUCUGAAGACUGUAAAAGAAAAAGCAGUGAAGAAUAGCAGCACAGACAGUUAUGUAAACCAUAAAAGAAAUGAAUUAGGAAAGGAAGAUAAUUCUUUCAGCAAGCACAUUAAUGAACAUUGCUUGCAAAAGGAAACUUGUGAAAAUGUGGAGCACUUCGAUCUUGAUGAAUUGGAAGGUAGUGAAGAGACAGAAGAGGAAAGUGAGUCAGAGGAUAGCGGGGAUCUGGAAGAGGAAAGCGCCUUGGGAGAGGAGGGAGAAAUGAGAGAAGAAAGUGGUUCAGAAGAUGAAGAAGAAACAGGAAAUGAAAGUGAUAUUGAUGAAAGCGACAGUGGGCCAGAUUUGGCAAGGGGGAAAGGCAAUAUAGAAACCAGCUCUGAUGAUGAUGAUGAAGAGGAGGAUUUGGCUGAGAUAUAUCCAAAGGAGCCUGAAGUUGAACAUGGGUGGGGAGAAUUGGCUAAAGAUGCCCCUCGUGCAGAUGCGAUAACACGUAGAUUGGCAGUUUGCAACAUGGACUGGGAUCGACUGAAAGCUAAGGACCUACUGGCUUUACUUAAUUCAUUUACACCUAAGGGUGGUUUUAUCUUUUCUGUAAAGAUCUAUCCUUCAGAGUUUGGGAAAGAGAGAAUGAAAGAGGAGGAAGUGAAUGGUCCAACUGAACUAUUAAGCCUUCCUGAAGAUGUCACAGAGAAUGACAGCAUUUAUAAGGAAAAACUGAGAGACUAUCAGUUCAAGCGACUGAAGUAUUUCUAUGCGGUUGUAGAGUGUGACACUCCCGAAACAGCCAACAAAAUUUAUGAAGAAUGUGAUGGAUUGGAAUUUGAAAGCAGUUGUUCUUUUGUGGACCUGAGAUUCAUUCCAGAUGAUGUGACAUUUGAUGACGAGCCAAAGGAUGUGGCCUCAGAAGUGGACUCUUAUAAACCAAAGUACUUCACAUCUGCUGCUGUGUCGACUUCAAAGGUAGACAUCACGUGGGAUGAGACAGAUCAUGAGAGAGUGACUUCCCUCAGCCGAACAUUUAAAAAAGAUGAACUUCUGGACAUGGACUUCCAAGCAUACUUGGCUUCAUCAAGUGAGGAAGAGGAGGAAGAACAGCAAGAUUUUGGUGUAAAGCACACAACAGACAGUGAUAAACAUAAGCAACACUCCAAGGAUGAUGAAGAGCAAAUAGCAAAGUACAGAGAACUACUUAGGAGUAUCCAGGAAAAAGAAAAGAAACACCAAGAAACUGAUAUGGAAAUGGAAAUCAAAUGGGUUCCAGGACUUAAAGAAAGCGCUGAAGAAAUGGUAAGAAACAAGUUGGAAGGGAAGGAUGCGCUGACACCAUGGGAACAGUUUCUGGAUAAGAAGAAAGAGAAAAGGAAACUGAAGAAAAAGCAGAAGGCGGCUGCUGACGAAACACUAACGGAAGAUGAAUGCCCAUCUGAUGUUGAUUUGAACGACCCAUACUUUGCUGAGGAACUUGGGAAAGCAGAUUCAAAUAAGAAGUCCAAGAAAGAAGAAAAUGCCCAAGAAAAUGAAGAUGACCUGGAAAAGCAGAAGGCUGAAAUGGCUCUGCUGGUGAUGGAUGAUGAGGAAGAUGAAAGGAGACACUUCAAUUAUGACAAGAUAGUGGAGCAGCAGAACCUGAGCAAAAAGAAAAAGAAACUAUUGGUGAAAAAGAAGGAACUGCUGACAGAUGACUUCCAGGUUAAUGUUGCUGAUGCCAGAUUCCAAGCCAUGUAUACCUCUCAUUUGUUUAAUUUGGAUCCUUCGGAUCCAAACUUUAAGAAAACAAAAGCAGUGGAAAAGAUUUUGGAGGAGAAGGCUCGUCGAAGAGAACAAGGUUUUGCUGAGGCAGCUGGGGGAGGGAACAAUAUGGCAGGGCCUGCGGCCAAGAAAUCCAUAGAUCCUGCAUUGUCAAUGCUAAUCAAGUCCGUCAAGAAUAAAACAGAACAGUUUCAAGCAAGGAAGAAACAGAAAGUCAAAUAAGCAGAGCUCAAACAUUGAAGGUGGAAACUGGACUUCUGAAGAAAUCAGAGUUGAUGUCAAUUUACAGGUGAAGACCAAACUUUUCUGCUAAUUCAGGUUUAAAUUCUAGCAAAAAUAUCUGCCAAAUGAUUUUCGGACAAGGUCACCUUAAAAAAUACAUGUAACAUAGCCAAAUAUAGUUCAGACAAUUUGGUUUCAUAAAAAAACACCAGACCUUUAAUUCUGUCCAUAGAUGCAAGGGAGAGCAAGGUUUUAAAUCACUCUCCAACUUGCCAUCAGAAGACAGCGACAUGGUGGGAGGGCUUGGCAGUGUACUCCUGCUCUCUUUCGUGUGAUUGUUUAUCGUGCGUUCAGACAGAAUUCUCCCGAUAGGACUCAAGUCUUUGCCACUUUUAUAACAGGCAGCUGAUAACUGAUGUUUGAGAGGUGGUAUAAGCCCAGUAUGGGGAGCCUUUGGCCCUACUUAUGUUGCUGAACUGCAAGUCCCACCACUCCUGGCCAUUGGCCAUGCUUGCAUGGGCUGAUGGGAGUUGGAUGUAGUUCAGCAACCAAAUGGUUCCUCAUCCUUGUUAGACAAGGGUUCCCCCCCCCCCCCAUAAUGGUGUACUGAAUAUUUUGCAGUUGCAAACUUGUUAGCAAAAUGGAUUAACUGAAAACAUGGUAUGACUGCCUUGAAUGUAUGAUUUGUACAACUGUAAAUAAAAACACGAUUAUUGGUUCGUUUUAAUAA